AUGGGAUCAAAAGUGUCGGAAUGUUCGGCAUUAGGAGUUGAUCGAAUGAGCCCAAAACUUUCGUACAAUCCACAAAAAUAUCCACCCUACAAUUCGCGGAUAGCCAACAUGACGGUAGGAAAUGGUUGGGAUGUGAAUGAGGCUUCAUGCGAGUUAGAUGGAGGGAAUUUGGUUGUGAUUCAUGACGCCUUUUACAAUGCGUUAAUUGCUCAGAUGGCCACGGAAAAAUACGGUGCCGAGCAAGGCGUAAUGAUUGGAUUGAUGUUGAAUGGAACGACGUGGAAAUGGUCAGAUGGCUCACCGAUGGACUAUCAGAAAUGGGCUCAAGGUGAACCAGCAAAUGGAAAAGAAUGCGGUUAUAUGAAUCCGAUUAGCAACGAUUGGUAUGCUGGUCCUUGCUUUUCGUAUAAUGAUUUUCUUUGCCAAACUUCUUUG